GCAAACUCCGAAACGUAGACCGCGAACAUUCUGCGACUAGUUGCGUUUUGCAAAAAUUCUAUAGUCCGUAUUCUUUAUCCGUACUAAAAGUGCAUAACGGUUGUAAAUUUUAUCGGGAGUGUCGAUUAAAGUGGCGGACGAUUGUCGGAACGUACGAUUACCGCGGAUAUUCGUGAUAUACGCGUGUCGUUGAUCGGUUACAAAUUCAAACAGGUAACACAGAUGGCCAAGCCCCCUAAGCUAGCAUAAAUUUCUAUGUUAUAGAUAUAAUAAUUCUUACAUUCUCUCACAAGGAUCAAAACGCGGCAUAUUUUUAUCAAAUAUAACAUGCUGAAAAUUCAUUACAUCGGAAUUAGACCGGGUUUAACGUUAUUACAUUUACGCAGGUAUGUGUUUGUGCCGGAUUCCACGAAUUGCCGCGAGGACCGAAUUCCGCGAAUUGUCGCGAGGACCGAAUUCCGCGAAUUGUCGCGAGCGCCAUAGUCGUUCGUUUUGUUUAUUUUGAUAAUAAGUACAGUGUAGAGUUAUCCAUUGGAAAGUGCUGUUCGUUUCGAACUCCUUGAUCUACGAUGGAGUUGCAGAGUUACGAAGCAGUUUAAGAUGAAAUUUACAACGGCUGGAGCAAACUGCAACACCUUGGCUGGUACAGCUGAAGCUAUACUUAGCUGGGGUGCAACGAUUGGUUACCCUUUCUCUGAAACGUCACGGAGAAAGCCCGCAUGGAAAUACCGCGUCUCAAGAGUCCCUAGGACCAAGGCUAAUUUCUUCUUGUCUUCUGUAUCUAAUGUGUUUGAAGCAACGGCAGGACUGCGAUGGAUUGCAGCGGCGGGACAUCGACUGGCAUUACAAGGGUUAAUAGUUUGGCAUACUAUCCGAAGAGAGAGUCACAGCUCCCCUAUGAACCGAAACUACGAACGACCAACUACCGGCUUGGAAGGAGGCAAGGAUCUGGUUCGAGUGAUAGGAUUUCCGAGAGAUUCACACACAAGAAACGCGAUGGCGAUUAUUACUGCAAUGUUAAUAUCUUUAGUAAUAUUUUAGUAACUCAUUCAUAUAGGAAGAAUAAUGUAGAAAAAGUCAAUAUCGAGUUAUUAAACAAAAAUAACUUGCUUUGUUAUGUGCGAUUACUUUUCAUACUGUCAAAAAAAAUUCAGUACAAAGAUUUCUGUCAAUAAUUAUCAUUGUGCUUCUACGGAAAGAUAAAAAAAAAGCAAAAAUCAAAGUGAAGGGGAUUCUCGAUUAUACGGAUAAUAAAAAACUACUAAUUUAGAGAACGGUCUGAAAAACGUGAAUAUAACAUUUCGUCAAAUUAUAAAAUGUUAAUGUAGUUUUUAAGCUGGCGUUAAUAAUACAAAUUAGACACAUAAUUAUAUAAAUUGCGCUAAACAAAAAAGUGGAAGCAUAUUUCAAGCUCGAAGUGUAGUUAAUAUGAAAAUUGAUCGUUUCAUUUUUUUACACAAGACGCAUAACAUUCGAUAUGCUUUACAGAAAAAAAUUAUUUCAAAUGAAGUGUAACGGAUGAAAAAUUUGUGGACGGUUUUCCUCAAAAACCGCAUUUCUCUAGAUUCAUUAGAAAUUGGAACGUCAAAGUGAGUAGAACCGUGGUGAAAUUACGUAGGAACACGUUAAUCGGAGAAACGAUUGCCUUCGUGAUUCACUAUCACGAAUUUUGAUGCGUCUUAUUUUUUUUUGCCGAAUCCCGCGACGUGUCGUUGCGCCGAUGGUAACGACGAUGUCGAGUAUCCCGAAGAAAUUCCAUGCGGUUAAUCCUCAGUCCCAGAUGUCAUGUUUUCGUCGUCGUAGAAGUGAUGGUUUUUUCACGCUUUUCUGCAUAGUAUAGUACGCAUCACUCAAACAGUAGAGGACGAGGCUCAUUUGCCGGGAACAAGGACGCAGCGAGUGAGUUGGAAGUCAGAGGAGUCUGAUUUACGGAGUAGCAAUUAAUAAAUUCGACAUCUCUUUUGCUGAUUGUUCCCUUGUUAGUGAUUUUACGCAAAAAUCCCGCAACCAUAUUAAUGAAUACUUCAACUAAAGCAUUCUCAGAAGUUUGCAGACAAAAUAUAUAUAUAUACAAUGAUUAAUGUGACCCAGGUAAAUCGCUGAAAAAAAAAAAGAUCGCGCCUUUAAUGCUACUCGGCAAAUACAAGAUGUUUGCAAAAAGCCUCUCUUGUUCGAUAAGAAGAGCAAAGGAAGCAGUGAAUAAGGUACUGUGUCAGCAGCACCUCCCAGCGAGAAUCUCCCAUGUUUUUAGUAACAGUAGAAAUUAGUAAUUAAUAGCGCUAAUAGUAGUAUAGUUAGUGGUGGUGGUAGUAAUAGUGUUAGUAAUAGUAGAGAAGUAAUAGGAAUGGUAGUAGAGAUGCUAGUAAAAUUAGUAACAGAAAUAGCAACAGAAAUAUUAACGGUAUUCUAACGUUGUACCUCAAAGAUCCGAUACCGCUUUUUACGUAUGAAAAUAAUGAAUCUAAAUCGGAGUGUGAAAGAUGGUAUUAAUACUGCUAAUAUGAUAGCACUAGAAUAAUUAAUAAAUGUAUCGCUGCUACUUAUCUGACAAACCGUGAAAAUGAACGGUGAUACAGGGAAAAGAAAUGCGUCUAAAAGUCGAGCGUAGCUGACUAGCUUUCUAUGUGACGGUUAUAUGCCGCUGGAUGUCGAAAAAUCAGUCACGAUGGUCUCGGGAGAAAGAAAACGUAAAGACUCGAAGUGUCCACGAGCGUGAAGAGCACUUUGUUAGUUCGUGAAACAAUUACAGCCGGAUAAAAACUGUACGACGGUACGACAGAGACCGACGUGAAAAAUAAACGAGACGAUAUCUCGAUAGACACUUCGAAGAUACAUUUCUGGAUGGGGGAGAGGACGGCGGGGAUGGCAGAAAAUGUCGACAACAGGGGUAGGAUGAGGGUAGUCGAGAGACAGGUCUUUCAGGCAAGCACACAGGCAGGACUCGCGAAGGGUUGACGAAGAUUCGUUCGCGACUCGGACUCGCGGGGCUCGCUUAGGGG